UACUACUACCAAAAUACUUUGAAGAGAAUGGGGAAGGCAACAUUAAUCCAAAAGGUUUUCUUGGUUUCGUUUUUGGUUAUUUUGUUAGGACAAGCAAGCAACGGGCAAUUUAAGUGCAACACUAAUGGCGAUUGUGAACGACAAUUGCAUUGCUUGGACGGGAAUAUGCCCUCAUGUUGGCUCAAAACAAACGUGUGUUACUGCAAAAACCCUCAUGUCAAUAGGCCAUUUACGUGCACUACCGUUGCAGAUUGCGUUAAACAAUUGAAAUGCUUACAUGGGACACCCUCUUGUUUUGCAAAAACACAAAGGUGCUAUUGUAAACUUCAAAAUAGUUUACCAAAUAAUGAAACUAGGUGCAAUAAUGAUGCAGAUUGUAGUGUGCUAUUGAAAUGCACAGAUGCAGAUCGAGCUCCUACAUGUUUCAUGAAAUCACAUGGUUGUUAUUGUAAACUUCGUUCACGUCCACCUGCUGGAGCUCCUAGUGUUACCGCGAGAGACCAAGAUUGAUUUUUUGUAGGGUAGUUUCACAGAUGGUCGCUUAAUUUUUGUUUUAUCGUACCGAAAGUCGAUAAAUUAUUUUUUGUAAUAAUGUAACUUUGCUUAAAUAUCAAUGAAUAUGUCGCGAUAACAAUUUUUGUAAUUAUGUAAUUGUGCCUAAAUAUCAA